GGGUCUCUCGUACAGUCCACGUGUUCCUGUGUGUCACAAAUGGCUGCGGCGGUCGUGGGAUAUGAAUUUUACACCGGAAAAGUAACCCGAAACGACCUCGUGUGCAGCAGACGUGCAACGAGGCCUGCUCCAUGUUUAUUUGUGCUCGGCAUAUACUUUUUUAACGUGAACAAUCCAGCGCGCCAACCACUACACUGUAUCGCGCGCCCGAUCAUACAGGGAAGGAACAGCUGUUUCAACAUACACCGUAAGACUAUUGUUUCUGUCGCACACAGUGUCAUCUAGCGACAACGCCACUGACUUCGAAUCAGGCGCUUCAGGAUUUGGGCUUAGGUUCCAGAAACCUGGCGCCGAAGAAAGUCGGAGUGACUCUCGAUUUGGAUCGUUCAACUUCAGAGGUGUGCCACUCAGAAAAAUAUCCCUAUGACACGUCUCUUUAAUUGUGUAAAUGAAACUAACCUGCAGGCGGGCACGACAGCUAGACACAGGCCGCUAUAUUGGUGGCCUGUCUUCCGUAUGCCGACCGCCGCUGGUUUCUCUCAGGCACGUUUCACCUCUGAAAAAAUCACUGGCCAGAUGUGCUUUACCAGGGAACAUAUAAUGUAUUUUGUGGCCGUAGUUUAUUUCUUUGAGGAGGAAAAUAAUGUUGUCUCUCCGUUUUCGUUGACGUACCACGCCACGCUCCGAACGCGAAUGACGUCACUUCACUGGCCCGAGCCUUCGAAACAGUCGGCAGCUCAAUGCGACCGUGCCACGGGUAGCAAAAGGGGUUGUGUCUGUUGCGUUUGGCCUCAGACACAGACAACCUCGUCCAUCUGAUCUGCCACUGGCACGAAAGAGUUCUCGUUCGUCGUCGGUCACACAGUCUGCAGCCGAGUCUUCUGGAAGCGGGGAUGAAAAGGGAGCAUCGCGCGUAGGUGCCCUCGCAAUGUUGUUAAGCAUAUCUGCUGGAACUGGCGAUACACUGAGCUCGAGAAGCCAACUAUAUAGAGAAUUGCAGAAUCAGGCAAUGAAUCCCGCGGCUGCCUCACAGAGGCCCAAUUUCGCCGCAGGUCUCGGUGUGAUCCUUACCAAGGGAAGACAAUAUAGGGUACGAUUACCGUCAGAGGAGGACCUGAAUCUUCUCAGGACCAUGCUAACUGCCCGAGGACGUCUGAUUCCACCGAGUGGACAACCGUCGCUGAGCAUGCGUCUCCGUCCUAUUGGAAUUGGUGGGACCGAAAAACAUGUCAGUUUUCUCGGAGUGGCUGGUGUGCACGAAGGGUUUAUUCUCUUGAAAAUGCGAGACAAGCAGGAUGGAGGAAAUGUACCUGACCACAUUUACUGGCAACCUCUCUUUUAUACGAAUCCACACAGUGAAAAAGAAAGUGUCGACCCGCAAUUCUUGAAACACGGGCUCGUGCAGAGGGUGCAGAAGCAAAUUUCACUUAUUCCUCCAGGAUACGAAGGAAGAUCCGAACACCUCUGUUCACAUUAUGGCGUGAUGUUUCCAGGUGGAACGUAUGUCCUUGCCGCGGACAACGCUCCCCUACAAUUCGACGUGGAGAGCGAUCAGAGUGGAUCCCGAGCAGUCUUGAACCUUUUCAUUCAAUUUUCUCCGGCAGAGAUUCCCUUAUCCGUGUUGAGCUAUAAAAACCUGAGUCCGACACUGGCUGCGUUUCUAGUGAAACAGAUGAUUCUCAAUACCGCCAUGUUGCAUUCAAUGGGCGUUGUCCAUAAUGGAAUUUCUUCUGCAGCAUUCUUCUUGAGUGGAAGCGAAUUGACAGGGACAACGCCACCAGCUCGUCUGCUCUAUUUGGUGAACUUUGGUGCGGCUAGGUUUUACACAGGAAAGCCGGAACCAUUCGAAGAGGCGGGACACGUUAUGUAUUAUGACCCUGAAACUGCGUCGGUCUUCACAAAAGUUGCUGCGUUACGUCCUAAUGUCGUAUAUGGUCAAGCUCGAGAUUCUUGGUCAUUGGGACGAGUUAUGUUUCAGCUUCUUUGUGGUGGAUCUCAGCAUCCCUUUGGACACCUUGGGCCGCCUGCCUCGCCGCUCGUCACUGCGAAGCGAAUUUCUAUGUUGGCUCGGGACAGACCUGCUCUCCGAUUGUCAACCUGUUUCCCCCCGACAUCGGCGCCUGAAAUGCAAGAUCUCAUGUCCAUCAUGGCUAACUUCCUCAAAUUCGAUGCCAAUGAAAGGCCAACGCCUCUCGAAAUUGUCAGGAGAUAUCCGCAGUUGUUUACCCCAUUAUAAACUCUUUCUAAGAAGCCCUGGUAGGUGUGUGUGCUGCCUGUACACGAGCCCACUCUCCAGCACCGACUAUUGGCAUGACGGAAUGAAACAAGGAAGUAACCCGUUUGCUGAGUCAGGCUGGUGGAGACACCCGUGAAAUUCGUUUCAGUAAUCCAUUUGGCAAUCUGGUACUCUCAAAGGAUGGAGGCGUCGUCUCCUAAUGCUUGCGUAGAAAUCCAGUUGAUGAGUUGCAGUUUUCGGUUGAUUCGCCUGUCCUACAGAAUUCCGUGGACAAUUUGAUGUGUUGUUGCUCUCGGCACUUGUAAGAAGGUAGAGUACCAUUUUGGUGGAGCAGUUUCAAUGAACGUAGCCAAACGGGUGACGUUGGGCUACCUUCUGAGUAAUGUUGCAGUACACGCGUUGAAACCUGCACACGGUACCGCCAAGCUUGUCAGAAUGUGUGUUACGACAGCUGAGAGCGUGUGAGUGUUCAUUUGUUCUCACCCACAAGCAAACUCGGCGGCGUUUGCCCAAGGAAUUCACUCCCGUAAGACAACAAAACGAACGGCUAGCAGUGGGCGGCGUGACGGCGGCUU